UGCAGCAAUAUUGUUAAAUUUCAUCAGUAUCUAUAUUCGAUAUGCUUGGUAUGAUUGGUUUGUACGAGAAUUUAUAGAAGAAAACUCUUGCCAACCAACAAACCUUAACAAAAGAUAUCAAAAAGAAGUUCCCAGCGCAUGA